AUGGACGAACUUGUGCGGCACUGUAUUCGUGAAAUAUCGUUUGAUGGAGAUUUGGGUAGCGAACCUUCACGGCUUGACGUCUUCAUCAAGGACUUCUAUGAAAAACACCCUGGAUACACCCAAAAUAUCGAUCAUAACUUCAAUGCUUUCGUAUGGUCCCUGGUCGUCCAGCAACCAACUAUCAGAGUUGGGAUCAUCCCAAAUGGACUGACUACGGAAGUAUUCGUUGCCCCUCAGCCGAGUGCGAUCAAGAAGGCCAAAGCCCAAGGCAAAGCUAAAAAUGAAGUCACUGAGGAGGACCGACCGCGUCUCGAAGUCAUUGCGGAUGCAGCAACACGAAGCUUUAAUGACCUCAAGGCAGAGUUUGGACAAGCCCUCCGAAUAGCUGUUGAUCCAGAAGAAAUCUUUGCUGCCAUAACUGGCUCACAUGUCAAGCCUCAGAAAAUGACUCCUAUGGUGUACACUGCCUUGCAGUUCAUUACGCGGGGAAGAGAGACAGGUAUUACCGUCGUUGAGCUAGGUCGAAAUACGAAAUAUGAUCAGAAGAGUUGCUUCUAUCUUGUCAAACAACUGAUUGAACUGAAUCUCAUAGUCAAAGUACGUCGUGGCGGCGUAGGGACGCAUCUGUGUCUCCACAAACAUUUCUACGACACCAGCCCGCGAUGGAGAGAGGUUCGCGAAGAAGAGUCGAAAGCACAGCAACUCUUUCACGGAGCUCCAGAACCAGACGACGCAGGGGACAUGGCCGAAGAAGCUGCGCCUCAGACGUUGUCAAACCUUGGGUUCACGCCAAUUGACGCUAGGCACUUGUCUAGCCUACCACUCAUACAGGCACGGGUAAUGAAACUACUUAAAGCUUCGCAUAACCACAUACACGCGGCGAACAAUAUGUUGCUCAAAAUCGGCUUCGCUCAUCCUACCAAGACCGACCGACGAUUCUUCAACACGAGGAUACGCGAACUCAUUCAACUUGGGUUGAUUGAAGUGAUCCUUGUUCCAAGUCUUCGAAAGGGCUCAGAAGGGAAGAUGAUAAAGUGCUUCCGCCUGGUCACUCCAGGUUCGGCGCCCACUCCCAGUGGCGCAGUAGCUGCAUCUAUCGAUGACGAGGAGGAAGACGAAUUUGGUCGUGUCUACCGUCUUCGUACAAACACCACUCUUCACAAACAGGUGGUAGAUCUUAUCGAAGAGGCCGGGACAGGCGGAAUUACCAUGAAUGAAUUGAGCGAGCGGCUUGGUCACUUUGACAAACGGACGAUUGAUCUUUUGCUCACCCGUGCAGAGAGGCAGACCCCUCCCACACACUUGGCCGACCUCGGGGUCGCAAUCAUCAUGGAGAACUAUGGACGUGAGCGCCGAAACAGAUACUUCACUGUUGCUUCGUAUCGUCAACUGCUCGAGAACGAAAACCUCGACCCCGCGAAUGCUGGUUAUGGGGAUCUUGACCUAUCGAACACGGGGGAUUUUACGCCAGUUACCUCUGAUCAAUUUUACCUAGACGAAAAGCAACUAACUCAAUAUCACGAUGCCUUCCUAGAGACUCAUACUGACGAGAAGGUGGAGGAUAAGAGGAAGAAAAAGAAGAAAUCCAAGAAAGCAGCUACUGCAGACGUGGAUGGAGAAGGGUCCACUCCGCCUAAGCCGAAGAAAGUCGUCAAGCCGCGCAAAGAGAAGCCCGUUGCAGUUGGCGAUGCCGACGGAACUGAGGACUCGGGUCCUCCGAAAAGAGGUCGAAAGCGCCAGCAAGAUAACGAAGGAGACGACUCUCGACCAAAGAAGAAGAGUAAACCUUCGGCGGCGUUGCAGGAGAGCAUACAAGAUCAGCCACAGUCGAUCACGGAGCCGGAUGCUCUAGCAGCAGUAGCAAUGGACGUAGACGCGGUGGACCCUUUGCCCACCAGCGUACCCACAAGUUCUCAGCCACGGAAACGAGGAAGACCCCGCAAGUCUCAGGCCAACACUCAGGAACCCAGCGACCCACCAGCAAUCACUGAUCUCUCCCAAGGCAAGGAUGAGAAGACCGUUUCGCUUCGUAAACGACGCCGUGGCGAAGACAGUAUUGCCGCUGGUGGAGGAGACGCAACGUCGCCCGAUGCUCGACCCAAGAGACAACGCACCAGAACAGCAAAAGCAUUGGCCUCUCAAGAAAAUGCUACGUCGAUCUCCACUAAUCAAUCUAGUCGUGCCGCACCCACCGUUGACACCACCGUUGAUGUUGCCAGCAUGAAAUCUACGCAUCGUCCCAAUGAUUCAGAGACAGUUCCCGUUUCAGUAGCUACGACCCCGUUUGGAGGGCCUCUUUCGCCUAUAACUCCUGACGUCGCUCAGCCAGAAAAGGAACCGCUUGUUGACACCCCGCAUGUGCCCAUCGAGGAUACACCAAGCCCCCGUGCCGGUGGUUCAGGCAAGGCGUUUCACAACAUCCCAAUCGAUCCUCUGCUUCUGGACUCUCAAUCUCCAGUUGUCGUUGUUUCAGAACCGGCGUUGAAAACAGCGGCGUCGUCUCGCGUCCCAAAAGCCAAUGUGUCACAUAUGCGUCGGGAAAACGAGUUCUAUCAGGUUCUUGUCAGCUGUGGUGGAAUCCUCAACAUAAACUCCAAGGAGUUUACGGACGCUCACUCGGCUUUGGUUGAUGUACUCUCCCAGUCUGGAGAACCCACUAGCGCUCCCCCUGGGACGCGGGUGGACAAGAGGACCGUGCUUGCGACUCUUGACAGUAUGGAGUCCAAAGGGAGAAUCAAGAUGAUCAAAACACAAAUCAUGACUCGCACUGGCGUUCCACGGCCCACGACCGUUGCCCGCCUUUCUGAUGUUGAUCCCGCCAAGGCGAUUGAAUAUUUGAGCAACCUUUCUGACGUAGCUCCAAUUGUCCCGGCGGCGCACAUAAAGCGAAUCGAGGAGCCAAUAGAAUAUGGAGCCAUCGAAAGGCACGAGCGAAGGGGUGUUCUCCCUCUUCAGCUUCUCCAAGAGAGAGAACCUGGCGACGCACAAGAACGCUGGAGCAAAAAUGAACACAGAGCUGAUCAACUCUGGCAAUACGACGACGCUACAAUCCACGAAGUCCUCUUAACGGAGCGCACCACUGUAGGACAAUUCUACGGUUUUGUGGUUGGGAAGGUUGCAAGGUUACGCAAAAUGCAUCUAGCGACCUUAUCCGCCCUCGAAAGCCCUGAGAGUGGUCCCAGUGUUGUGUCCCGCCAUGAUCGCAUUGUUCACCUAGCGUUCUACAACCAUGAUCUCCCUCUUGGACUUUACCUGUCACUGUGCGCAGUGCUGUCUUACAAUGAAGAUCUGACCAAAUUUUAUCGAAGUGAGGGUGGGCCUGAGACAGCAGUCAAGGACCUGCCCCCGCCUUUGCAUAGCAUACUUCAGAUCGGAAGAUCAAGAGCUCGAUCGCGGUUCCUGGACCUCAUGGGAUUGUUGAUGUCCCUCCGGCUAGUAAUACCUCUACAAGUCACCGACUCUCCUAGCCCUCAGAUUCAAUGCGCUGCGAACGGCGAGCAUCCCACGGCGUUCGAUGCGGCUCCUCUCGAGGGCUGGACUCCGAAUACUCCAAGCCUCGCACCGUCUUAUUGGCAGUUCACGGACACGGCACCAGUAUUCGCUUGGUCGCGGUCUGAUCCCUCUCCCAUAUUCCUGAAGACGGUCUCCGUGUCCUCGAGCAACGGCGCCGUGGAGUAUUGGUCGCAACUGCGUGAGGCAUGUUUGCAGAAAGGAAAGAUGGUUGAAGAUGAUGUAUUCCGCCCGACGCUGUCUCAUCCCCUCAACGAUACUUUGACGAAGUCCCUGCGCAGGCCUUCGUCAUGGGCCGAUGAAUACUUCCUCACAUGGCACCAAAGACAGUACCUAUCUCGGGCUCUACAAGGCGGGACAAGGAUCGAAGAAGUCGGUGACACUCCCCUGGACGUCGACGAAGAAAAGCUAGCAUGGAUCGUAUCUGCUCCUGCCAACGUUGUGAAAAACUUCCUCUUCGAUACUCGUAGUCAAUACGCUAAGAUUAUCGCCAAAGCUCGCCUCAAGCGAGAACGUCUUGAAGCGGAGAAGGAGGCAUCGGAAGCAGACAAAGUACUGCUGGCAGAUAUGGCAGCUGAAGCAAGAGCUCAAAGAGAAUCUGAAUGGGCUGACAUGGUGGCAAGAGUGUACCCAGAGCCACUGAAAGGCUCUGCAGAAAUUCGACUGCGACCCGUUCGGAAGAAGUUCUUGCAGGCUGUGUCAGUGAAAGACAUGGGGUCAUGGGAGGCUGAGAUCCAAAAGACCUUACGAGAAGCGGCUUUAGCAGCGUCGAAAAUCCUUUCAAAACACGCGAAGAGGCUUACUCAAACUUUACCUAGUGUUCCAGCUACAUCUUCAGGACCGUCCAAGGGAACAAGCUUCUUAUCCCCGCCCGUUGUUCACAACCUAAUUGAGAAAUCCGUGGCAGAAUUGAUAGCACAACAAGGUCCCGCCAUUCCGGAGUCGAAGCGAACUCGCCAGAGAAAGAAGCCCAAGAAAGAGAAAGCUGACGGAGAGGACGACGAACCGCCGGGCACCAAGUAUCGACGGCAUCGCUUUCAAUGGGAUAAUGACUACGAAGAGCUUGCCCGGGAUGCUUCUGUCAUCAUCAAAGUCAGAUGUCGCGACUUGCCCCGCCUAGAGCUCACUGCCUUGGAUCAAGUCUUUCCGUCUGUUCCUCGCAACACCGUGCGCCAGCGGUUGGUCCAUAUCAGAGACACCCCUGGCAACGAAGCUUACCUUAAGCGGCUGGAGGAAAAGUGGUCCGACCUUUGGAGUAGGUACCGAGGUACCGACAUACUACCAGAUGAUGAUCCUCAAAGCGCCUCCAACUUCGAUCUACCCAAACACAUCGAGUUUCUCCGCAGCCAUAUCGACAAGAAUGCAUUGCGUGUUGGUUUCACUAAUACGACAAACUCGAUAAUAAUACCCCAAUCUGUGGAUGAACUCCUGGAUGGAUGGGAUGUUGUAGGACCUCCAGUAACUUCCACCACCUACGACUUCAUGUGGAAGGGCGACGCUGAGGAAGGUCGAGAGAAAGCAUUGUAUCAGCAGGCUUUCUGCAAAGGAAGCAUACUUCCGUCAACGCCGGAGGAGAGAUCAGAAGCUACCUUUGUCGCAGAGGCAGCGCUCAAGAUGGUAUUCGGCACGCCCAACGAACGCUACAAACCUGACAUGGCUGCGAACCUGCUUCGGGAUAUAGGUCAAGACGCCGUCUCAUCUGCUACCAAGAGACUUCUCGAGCGAGGCAUCCUGUCUAAACACAUUCGAGAUCCGAAAAGGGAGAAACCUGGACGACGUCUCAAAAUAUCUGAUGCAAAUCAAAAUGCACUGGGCGGUCCCAUUCCAUUUGACACUUUUCAGGACGCCGUAGCGCUAGACGAGGAUGUAUAUCUGCAACAGGAGUCCUUCUGGCGGACGUGGCCACUAUUGGGGACUGAUGGUGACUUGAUGUCGCUGUUACAGCAAGUAUCCGAUAAUAAGGUCGAUUUUAGGAUUGAUAGCUCCGCUGCUCGGACUGCCAGGGCUGAGGUGGAAUGGAACAGCAAAAAAGCUGAUGAUGAUGACAUUGAGACUGCUAUCGAAGUUCGCUUUUUGGGUAUGGACGUGGAAACCAAUGCAUCGCCAUCCCCUUCGGCCCCUAUGCUAAAUGUCAACAACGAAACCGAUCGUGCAAGUCAUCACGGAAUUUCAUACGAUGGCAGCAUUGCUUCCUGUGGAAGAGUUAAUCCUGGUCUGACGGACUACGCUAGUGUUGUCCAUCAAUUAUUGACUGCUCUCCAAGAAGCUGGGGAAAGGGGGCUUGCGCGUCCGGGCCAACUUGAUGAUUCCCAUUCCUCAGAAUAUAUAUUGGAGCUUGUCGGGGGAAUGACAGAUGCGUUGGUCCCCCUAGCCUUUUGGGCAGGUUACGUGAAACCAGUGCUCGUGUCGCCCCGUCACCUGAAGGCCUGGUCGGUGCUCGUCUCGGAGAAUCCAGUUAAGAGGGUAUUGCCCAGACGAUGGCGCGACAUGUCGGGGCACAAAGUUACAGAUGGGUGGGAUGCAGCGCUGCGAGCUGUGAUAAGUGCGAUCCACUUUAGACCGGGCUUGUCAGUGGCUGAAUUGAAGUGGCGGCUACGACCGGUAUAUGACGGCCAAGAGAUCAAUGAUGUCUUCCGGGCCCUACAAACAGAUGGUUUUGUCAAUGUCCUUGGCGUCGAUCAUCCGAUGUCGUCGAUCUGCAGUUUAGACGACACCGAGGCGGCUUCGACAUACUGUUUCAUUAAUAGCUCAAAACAUUGGUAUAUGGUAUAA